AUGGAUGAAAACUUGGGCUUGCCAAUAGGAUACAUCAAGAAAGCUUUCAAUGUUGAAGAAGCUGAUGCCUUUUUCGGCACUAAGGUGAGCCACUACCCGCCCUGCCCACAUCCCGAGAGGCUAAAUGGUCUUCGAGCUCACACUGAUGCUGGAGGUGUCAUCUUACUCUUCCAAGAUGAUGAGGUGAGUGGCCUUCAAAUCCUCAAAGGCGGGCAAUGGAUCGAUGUCCAACCUCUAAGCAACGCCAUUGUCAUCAACAUUGGGGAUCAGAUUGAGGUGUUGAGCAACGGGCGAUACAAGAGCGUUUGGCACAGGGUUUUGGCAACCUCGGAUGGGAAUAGGAGAUCGAUUGCUUCAUUCUAUAAUCCAUCAAUGAAGGCCACUAUGGCUCCUGCACCAGAAUUGAUGGAAAAAGUGAACCAAGAGGUGGAUCAGAAUUAUCCCAAGUUUGUGUUUGGGGACUACAUGUCUGUUUAUGCUGAGCAGAAGUUCCUACCUAAAGAACCAAGGUUCCAAGCUGCUGUGAGGGCCAUGUAA